GCGGUGCGGUUGUGCGAGAUUUUGUCGUUAGCGGUGCGCAAACACAACCAGUCUACCUGCCGAGCGCAAAUUUCGUCGCUGAAAAUUAAUAUUUUUUUUUGUGUAAUUCGUAUAGAUAUAUAUAUGUAUUUAAAAAUGCAUAAAUAAAACAGAAGUGUGUGCGUUAUAAAUAUAUUAAUUAAAAUGAGUUUCAGUGGUUAAUCCGAAAAAAUUACUGAACAUAAAUUUGAGUAGAGUUGACUGUGUGCGAUUGUGAUACAUACAGAGAUUUCGAGAGGAAAUUGCAUUUAAAAAUUUAUGCUGCACCGUGCAACUUUUUUUAAUAUAAAAACAAGUGAUUUUUAUAUAAUUUGUAUUAUAAAAUACCAGAGCGAGCGCUCGCUUAAGAAUUAUAUGUAGAAAAAAUAAUAAUAAGUUAAUUGCGUACAACUUUCUACUGCCAGUGUUUAAAAUAAAAAUUCCAAAUCUUGUAAACAUUCUGUCGCCAUUCAUAGAAUUCGGCCAUCACCUCUCUGUGCCACAGUCAAUACUCGCUAAGUGUGCCUUUAAAUAACACCCACUAACUAAACAAUCGAGCAACCCAGCUAGCUAACAACCGUUGAACACCUCAAAAAAACCUCCCUCACACCCGGCGUAUUCGCUUGGAAAAAGCACUGCUUACAAUCCUCGGCGCAGUCUGCGAAUUACAUGUGUCACUCAUACACUCCGCUCCCUGGACACCCCGCGUGGCCUACAAUAUUGGCGACGUCGCUUGUGUAGUAGACCGGCGAGCAGCAAAUAUCGGACACAAAUUAAAUUUUUUUGUUUACGUUGAACCAACCCGCCGGAAAGCCCCGCAGCGCGCACCCAGUGAGACACCGAUUGAUACACAGGCAGCGUAGUUUUUUUUUACCUUUUCUUACAUAUAUUUGCAAAUAAUGAUGCAACAUAUAACAUAACCAAAACAACAAUUACAACAAACAAACCGAUAGCCAUAAAAAGCAAUAACAACUAGCGCGUAUUUGACCAGAGGGUGUUGGCGACGUGCGAACGCGUGUGUGAGUGUGUUAAAAUCAUUUGCAAAUACAGACAAUCAGACAGACACCAGUAGCAAAAAAAAAAAAACCAAAUAAAAAUCAGAAUAAUUAAAUAAAAGUUCGCAAAGCAAAGUGAGAUACGCAUACGGCGGCAACAGAAAAGGUGGUAGUUAAUUACGCUGCCGAUAUAAAAAAAGUAACGCCUGGUGCGUUGAUAUAGCGGAAGUCAAAAACGUACUAAUAUUAAACAAAUUUUGUGAUCUUUUUUCGCGUGUCAAACAAGCAAAACAAAAUAUGCAUCAAACAAGCAGAACUUUGAGUGCGCCCCAUUCGUCCGCCACAAGCUUCGCACUGAUCUCCAACAGCAAGCGCAGUGCUGCCGGCGCUAACAAGCAUCAGCACUGUCGUAUGCAGUCUGGCUUAUCAGCUGUCACCUGCCAAUUCUUUAAUAUCAAUUGUAACUCAUUUUCGAUGCCGUCAUAUCUAAUUUUGUUACUUUUCUGCCUCGGCGCUCAGCGUAACGCAGCGCUGGUACACGCACAAGAUAGCACUACCGCGGCUGGUGCAGCGGACGCCGCGCCAUCACCUCAUGCCGCCGCUUUAGCCUCACCGGGCACGGGCGGUGGUUCGUCGAUUUUGGACCAAUUCAGCCCCAAUUGCACUGCAGUUUCGCAUAUCUUUCAGGCGCGCGGCAUCGAUCAAGCAGAGAUACCACAGAAGCCGAGUAAUGAAAUGGUACUACGUUACUGUGAAUCACCUUCGGUCGGCACCUGCUGUACGUACAACAUGGAGACGCGCAUGGCGCUGCAAUCGCGCAUCCAGCUGGAAAGGCAAUCCAAGGAUCAGAUAACGAAAAUGUCGAAUGCACUGGCGGCGAAAGCACAAAAAUUUAAUUCCAUCUUCCGUAAAUUAUUGAGCGAAUCCAAGGAGGAGUUCCACAAUAUGUUCACACGCACUUAUGGCGUCAUCUAUCAGCAAAAUUCCUAUGUUUUCUCCGAUUUAUUUAAUGAAUUGGAAAAUUACUAUACACGUGGACGCACCGAUUUGCUGGAUGUGAUGGAUAAAUUCUUCAAUACACUCUACCAGAAAAUGUUCCAGGUGCUGAAUGGGCAGUAUACGUUUGAUGAGAAAUUCCUGCACUGCGUGAGCGAGCAUAUGAAAGAACUCAAGCCCUUCGGCGAUGUGCCUGAUAAACUGGCUUUGCAGAUAAAGCGUUCCUUUGUGGCGACGCGCACCUACUGGCAAGCGCUGCACACAGCAGCUGAAGUGUCAAAGAAGUUAAUAAAUGUGCACCUCAAUGCCGAUUGCACGGCUGCGCUCACGAAAAUGCAACACUGUGGUGCCUGUAAGGGCUAUGCGCAGAAACCCUGCACAAAUUAUUGUGUUAAUGUGAUCAAAGGUUGUCUACAUUAUGUGAACGAAUUCGACUCGGAGUGGGAGAACUUUGCGGUAGCCAUGGACAAAGUGGCCGAACGUUUGCUGGGCUCAUUCAAUAUUGUGAUGGUCGUUGAGCCGAUUAAUAUCAAAAUUUCCGAGGCGAUUAUGAACUUUCAAGAGUCCGGCCAAGCAAUCACCUCACGUGUUUUCGAGGGCUGCGGUCGUCCAACGCUGGGUCGCACGCGUCGCUCAAUGAAUCCUAAGUUCACACAACGCACAUCCGCUCCAGUUGCACGGCAACGGCUUUCUUCUGUGAGCCUAAGCAGUUCAGAUUCGAAAGUGAUACGUAAGCGCGCCACCUUGGAGGUACCAACAGAACAAAUCGAAUCCGAUAUUUUAGAUAUCGAUGCCGACGUUGAUGAUGCAAUUGUAUUGCGGGAAAGGCGCGCCUCUGAACCUGGCUCAGAGGAGCAGAGCGCUGAAGGUGACAAGUCGAACGGCAGCUCUAAUGGCGGCGGCAGCGGCGGUCGUCGCAAUCAACAGCGUCGCAAGCCGCAACAGAAUCGCAAGAAUGAUGACGACUACAAUGGGCGCGAUCCGAAUCUCGAUAAGCUGGUGCGCGAGAUUAGACAGCGCGUAAAAGAAUCAAAGAAAUUCUGGUCGAAUUUGCCGCAUCAGAUUUGCAGCAAUGACGAGACCUCUACAUCGUCGGACGUGGAUGGCAUGUGCUGGAAUGGACACACAAUCGACAGGUACAUGCACCCCGUAACCACCGAACAGACCCGCAAUCCUGAAUUCCCUGGCAAUCCGGCGUCAACACGUCAGAUCUCGCAAGUUGCGACACAACUCUUCUACCUGAAGAAUGUCAUUAAUCAUCUGCGUAAUGCCUACAACGGACAAGAUGUCGAAUGGAGUGAUCAUGAAGAUGCUAUCGAUGGCAGCGGCGCUGGUUCAGGCGCUGGCAGCGACGAUGAGGAUGACGACGAGGGAUCUGGCCUUAGCGGCGGUCCGUUUACACCCCCCCACCUUAAACCUACCGAUCGUCCUUCGGUGCCAGCGAACAACAUCGAUGACGAGGAUGGAGAUGACGUAGAAGAGCGUCGCAUUACGGACACUUCACACACAACGCGCCCCAAAUAUCCUGGUAGUACGAGUGGUGGUGCCGCCGCAGGCGGUGAUACGAACUCCAUUGAGGAAGAAGAGGAAAAUGAUGACGACGACGACAAUGAUUUGGAUGCGGACAAGGACAGUGGGAAUGCGGGCGCGAAGACGGCGCCUAAGAUGACAUUGCGCCGUGCGCUGCUGAUGUAUCUACUGCCGCUGUAUAUGGCGUGGUUUGGUGGCUGUGUUGCCGAUAUGCUGUGAUUCGUUGUUGUUGCUUGAGGCAAAUAAAGGACCUUGGCUGGUUUAGAGGCGUAGGGGAUGUGCCGAAUUUUUUGAAUUUUAAAAAUUGUUUAGGUAGUGGUUAAGCGGCAGCCGGUUUCGUAUGGCUGAUGAGGUUAUUGAUGAUAAGUAGGAAAGUGCAUGGCAUGCAUUUCGUAGCAUAAUGCAAAGAGCAGUGGCAUUGAGUGUGUGGCAAGUUUUUGGGAAUUAAAUGAGUUUUAACUAUACUUUUAGGCGCUUCCUGAGAAUAUGUAGGUUUUGUGCGUUGCUUAAGCUGGUUUGUUGAACUCUAAGACCGUAAGGCUCAAGAUGCGAUUUUUCAGCGAAUAAACUACUUUUACUAAAAAUGUUCACUACUUUUAGGCGCAGCCAAUUCUCUAGUUUCCUAAAUUUGCCAAUUUUUGAAACUGUUUUCUAUUCCUCAAGACUUGCUUGAUUUACUACAUACGCUUAACUCGUUUUUUAUAGGUUGAAUUUCAAAACUUGAAUGUUUAUGAAAAUUUUCUCUUUAAAGAUAUGUACGUAAAAUUUCUUUGUAGCAUACUUUUAGUGCUUCAACCAACUCAAAUCUCGAACAAAUACCCAGUAACGAAAUCUGCUGAAUAAAAAUCUACUUUUAGGCGCAUUUCUAUUAAAAUAUUUUUUACUAAUUUAUGCACAACAACACAAUUGCAAGAACAAACAUAGAUUUAUCCUUAGAAGCGAAUAAUUUAAAAAAUGAACUUUAAGCGAAACAAAUCAUUUAUAUACGUAAACAAUAUAGCAGUUAUAAAAAAUUAGUUAGCUAUUAAGCACAAAGUAAUACAUAAUUAAAACAAAAUUAAUACUUACAUAGGUACAUAUCGUCGUUUAAAGUACAAAACC